UGGAAAUUUCAAACAUCACCUAUACAGGAGGUGAUUUUUUUAUGUACAAACAGUAUUUUUAUUUAUCGUUUUAGUGAAAUUAUAAAUUUUAUUUUAUUGAACUUUUGCCUGGUAACUACAUAAAUGUUGUAGGGGGUUAUGAGCUAUGGUUGGUAAGGUUGGUACGAUAAGGUGUUGUAACGGUUGUUACAGUAAGUAAGUGACACGUGUAUGUGUGGAAAGGUUUUUACUACUACAAACCAGGUGUUCACCCAUCCGGAAACAAAUAGCUGCGGACGUUACAAACUCUUAGUCGCAUUGCGCGACUGCUAGCAGCCAACGCACCGCGCCAAUCCACAUAAAUAAUUUAUUGGUUAAAACUAAUGUUUUGUAUUAUUAUUUUUUUUUUUAAUACUUAAUUUACAAAAGAGAUGCAUACCUACCUUUAAUAACCCUAGCAAAAAAACGUUAAUAACGCAUUUGUGUGGGAACAUCGUGGCUACAAUACGUUGAACAUAUAUUAUGCAGAAAAUGUCCAGCAUGAACAAUUACUUCAAUUAGCUUUAAAUAGAUAUAACUAUAGUUAUAAAUAUUUUUUUUUUGGAGAGGAGGGAUUCAACUGAAUUAUGUUGUGUUUGACGUUCAGUUAAUUUAUUAUAUUGUGAUUUGUGGAUAUUUAAUCACCAUUAAAAAUGUUUUAUUUGAGUACUUAAAACUAUUAUUUGAACAUUUGAAGGCUAGUGGGACUUGACGAUGACGCUGAGCCGUUACACUGACAUUUACGAGUAUUAUUUGUCAUCGUAUCUCACUCAUAAACACUUGUCUUUAUAGCUUUAUAAGUAAAUAGUAAAACAUUAAUGAAAACAUAAAAAUCCAAAAAUGAAAGAAUAAAUUAUUAUCUCACAGCUUUUUUAUUUAUAAUUACUGUAAAUUAAAAAAACAGGCAUGCAUAAUAUGUUCAACGCAAGGGCGGUUCCGGGGAGGGGGCGAGCCUACUUUGAAGUAGAUUAAAAUAUGUAAAUAAGUUUAUGUAAUAAAUAAGAAUAUUUUAUUUUUUAUUUUUACAUUAUCGAUAGGUACUUAUUAUAUUGAUUAGAUAAUUUAGACCUAGUAAGUAUUUAUUUACCGUGCGUUGCUCCAACGACCGCACAUCGCUACAAAAUAUAUCUUAAAUCGUUAAAACAACCAUUGUUCGAGCGAUUUUACAAUAUUACCUAAAUAAUUUUAUCGAAAUAUAACACACACCGAUUGUAUACAACUCAACUGCACAAUUGAAUCUCCUGCACCAGCAGCCACUCAUCCCCCAAACUUCCGGUACAGCUUCCGGACACGCUGCAGCAGCAGAGUAGAAUACCUACACAAUGAGCAGCCCGUGCGAAGAGUACUACCGACAUAGGUCGUCCGAAAUCGCGACCCAAUUGGCGAAGUGGACGCAGUCGGCGGUCGUCCGGGACGAGUCGUUCGUGCGGCUGUUGCGGGCCAAGGUCGAACGGCGCGCGCGACUCGCCGACGCUGUGGCCCAGGUCUCGCGGAAAGCGGUGGCCGAGACGCGGCACGCCCUCGUGGCCAACAACAAUCGCGCGGCGGCCGCGUCGGACAGGGCGGCGGCCGAGCUCGGGCAGUUCGCGGACGGUUUGCGGCGGGCCGACGACGACGGUGGCGAAGCCACCGCGGCCGAGCUAGAUGAGAUGAACGCGCGAUUACGCGAAGUGAUAAAGUUGAAGCGCGAAGCGCUCGUGAAGGCUGAGGCCGCCAACAAAGCGGCCGGCGAACUGUUGCGCCAGGAGCAGGCCGUCAGUGACCGGAUGGCGCAUAAUUUGACGGCCACCGCCGACUGCGAUGGUCCGCCAACCGAUCGGGGCGAGAGUCGAGACCACGUGUUGGAUUGUUUUCCUUGUCAAACCUUCGAAUAAUAAAUAAUUAUAUACCUACCGUUAAAAAAAUACAAAAAACUUUUUAUAUUUUUUAACCAUAAAUGUACAAUACGUAAUAACUAAUAAACAUAGGUACAGUAAACACACACUAUGAUGGAUUUCAGGAAAAAGACCCAGUCCACAAACAUUACAAAGGGC